AAUAUAUAAUUUUACUAUUCCAAUCCACGGUUAUAGCAACAAUGAAAUUCUCGCCCCAUUUGACUUUCUUUAUAAUUUCACUCACAGGAAACGAAAUUAUGAAGCCAAGAAAUAACAUUAGAUUUAUUAAUAGCUGAUGGGUACGUGCCCUUUUUUUCUUGCACUCGAGGUAAUGCUAAAGGCCUUACUGGGUACUCCGUCUGCUUUUUCGAGUUCCGAAGUAGCAUUGCCGGUUGCGGCAGAGGAGGGUUUUACCAGGAAGUUUGCAUAUGGGCCUCAAGCGGCGAGUGAAGAUAUGGAGAGAAUUGAGUUUAAGAUGAAGUUUUUUAAGAUAUUACAGAAGAGGAGCAUGCAAUGCUGGUCGUUGAGUACAGGUGCUGAACAAUUUAAUUUUGGGAGUAGGAUUGACCAUAUUCUUUGUGCUGGACCAUGCUUGCAUCAAGAGCAUGACCUGCAAGGCCAUAAUUCUUUGUCCUGCCAUGUCAAGGAAUGUGACAUAUUGACAGAGUAUAAACGCUGGAAACUUGGAGAUACAUCUAGGUGGAAAGGAGGGUGGGGCAUCAGAUUGGAAGGCUCAGAUCAUGCUCCUGUUUAUACAAGUUUGGAGGAAAUCCAUGAUAUUCCCACACAUAGCACUCUGCCUUUAUCUUCUAGAUAUCUAUCUGCCAAUGAUUCAUGGUGUCCAGCAAACUCUUGUGACCUUGUUAAUGAUAAGGCAGGCUGCUACAUGACUUCAAUCCUGCAGGAUAUCAAGUUCAUCUUCAGAUGGAGAUGCUACUGUACGGACGUGAAUUCACUGAUGAGAAUCAGGACCGUCCUAACACUACAGUGAUCCUGCAAAGUCAGCAUACUAAGUUGGUGCCUGCAGAGGGAACCCAGAAAAAAGCAAGAAAAAGUUGGUGUUUCCAGCUCUCUCUAAGAUCUUUUUUCCAGAGAAGUCCCAACCUUAGCACUGUGGCUGAGAACUCUUCUACUAAAACAUCACCUAGGCAGGCAGAACCAAACUCUAGAAAUCACUCGAGUGAUUCUCAUGCAAUGGAUGAUAAAAGCAGCAGUCCCAAUUACUGCAAAGUGAAUUCAAGGACAGUCUCUCAGGAUCAAGAUGAAGGAAAUGAUGGUUUGCUUGAGAGACAGAAAAAUAGUGUGCUAUGUUGGAGUGGCAGAAGAUACAGCAACUCAUGCAGAAUAGUAUUCCUGUUUGCAAGGGUCACAAGGAACCUUGUGUUGCUCGGAUAGUAAAGAAACCAGGUCCUACUUUAGGCCGCAGGUUUUUUGCCUGCUAUUCACCCUAAUCCUUCUUCACAUCCAAGCAUUCAAUGAUACGCAUACAUCCAACUAUGUUUUAGUAUACAAAUCAAAUGCCUUUGGAACAUUAUAAGUUAAAAUCAUUUAGCACGUCCACAAUGAAGCAAUUCUUGUAAAUGACCUGUCAUUUGACCAACUUCUCUGGCCUUCUGUACCGUGCAGAAUGUGGCAGAUAGUGUUUGACCUCUCUGGUGAUGCUCCUUUUCAUUUCAAGUUCUUUUGGUCUUGUGGGGACCUGCAUCCAAUCCUGAAGCAAAUUGAGGCUACUUCAAAUGGGCUUCUUCCAAAUCCAGGCACAGAUGACUGCUUGUGACUUAUUUUGUAAAUAACUAUUGCUGCAGUUUUUGUAAAACUUCCCUUCCCCAUUCAACAAUUUGUUCCCAGUCCUCUGUUCAAUCGAAGGGCUUUAGGCUGUUCGGCAAUUGCACCAGCUGAAGAUGUUCUGCAUCAGCUGGUUGUGUUAUGUGAAAUUGUUGCACUUUAUUCUGUUACUUAUAAUUAAUAUGAUGAUACAAUCA